AAUUCCCCUCAGUUGAAGUUUUAAAAAGAGGACCAGAGGCUGGAGAGUACAAAGAACUGGAGGUUAAGAGCCCCCCUGCCUAGCCCUGCUCCCCUAGACUCCCAAAAAGCUCAGGUCAGAGGGCACACACAGCCUCAGGAGCUCUUGUCCGGUGAGACCAUGGACUGGCGGCAGCUGUGGCUGGGUUUCCUACUCCCCAUGACAGUGUCACGCCGGGCCCUGGGGCCUGCAGAGAAGGAGGCAGCUGUGGAGUACCUGUUGCAAUAUGGGUACCUACAGAAGCCUCUAGAAGGACCUGAUGACUUCAGGCCAGAAGAUAUCACCGAGGCUCUGAGAGCUUUUCAGGAAGCAUCUGAAUUGCCAGUCUCAGGUCAGCUGGAUGAUGCCACAAGGGACCGCAUGAGGCAGCCUCGCUGUGGCCUAGAGGACCCCUUCAACCAGAAGACCCUUAAAUACCUGCUGCUGGGCCGCUGGAGAAAGAAGCAACUGACCUUUCGCAUCUUGAACCUGCCCUCCACCCUCCCACCCCACACAGCCCGGAAAGCCCUGCUUCAAGCCUUCCAAUACUGGAGCAAUGUGGUCCCCUUGACAUUCCGGGAGGUGCAGGCUGGCUGGGCUGACAUCCACCUCUCCUUUCAUGGUCGCCAAAGCCCCUAUUGCUCCAAUACUUUUGACGGGCCUGGGAGGGUCUUGGCACAUGCUGACAUCCCAGAGCUGGGCAGCGUGCACUUCGAUGAAGAUGAGCUCUGGACUGAGGGGACCUACAGGGGGGUGAACUUGCGCAUCAUUGCAGCCCAUGAACUGGGUCAUGCCUUGGGGCUUGGACACUCCCGACAUACCCAGGCACUCAUGGCCCCUGUCUAUGCUGGCUACCGGCCCUACUUCAAGCUGCACCCAGAUGACGUGGCAGGGAUCCAGGCUCUCUAUGGCAAGAAGAGCCCAGAUACAAGAGAUGAGGAAGAAGAGACAGAACUACCCACUGUAUCCCCAGUGCCCACAGAACCCAGUCCCAUGCCAGACCCGUGCAGUGGUGAACUGGAUGCCAUGAUGCUGGGGCCCCGUGGGAAGACCUAUGCUUUCAAGGGGAACUAUGUGUGGACUGUGACAGAUUCAGGGCCGGGCCCCUUAUUCCGAGUGUCUGACCUUUGGGAGGGGCUCCCGGGAAACCUGGAUGCUGCUGUCUACUCUCCUCGAACACAAUGGAUUCACUUCUUUAAGGGAGACAAGGUGUGGCGUUACAUUAAUUUCAAGCUGUCUCCUGGCUUCCCCAAGAAGCUGAAUAGGGUAGAACCUAACCUGGAUGCAGCUCUUUAUUGGCCUUUCAACCAAAAGGUGUUUCUCUUUAAGGGCUCCGGGUACUGGCAGUGGGACGAGCUAGCCCGCACUGACUUCAGCCACUACCCCAAACCGAUCAAGAAGUUGUUUACGGGGGUGCCAGACCAGCCCUCGGCUGCUAUGAGUUGGCGGGAUGGCCGAGUCUACUUCUUCAAGGGCAAAGAGUACUGGCGCCUCAACCGGCAGCUUCAAGUAGAGAAAGGCUAUCCCAGAAAUACCACCCACAACUGGAUGCACUGUCAUUCUCAGACUCUAGAUGUUACCCCGUCGAGUGGAGACACCACUCCUUCAGCUACAGGCACAACCUUGGACACCAUUCCCUCAGCCACAGAUACCACCUUGAACACUGACCACUCACCCACAGAUACAAUCAGCCAUAGGCUCCACUGCCCUUAUAUUUCUUGCUGAUGUCAUCCUUGCAGAGGCUUGAGACCAGGAAUCAAAUGUCUACCCACUAGAACCAUGCAGGUGCUAUAGCAGGGGCACGACCAUAGACCUCCAGCCUCCAACAGUUCCAACUCUAGCUACCGUUCUACUGAAAUCUUUCCCUCCUGGGAAGCACCCCCUAACUUGGAUUCAGCCCACAACUCCAUCCAUUUCCUCCCUGUCCUAGAUAACACUUCCAAUUUUGUAGUCUACUCUCUGGAGGACAAUGGUGGAAGGAGGUGUCAAUCAGGCCUUUACCUGACAGGAGGCAACAGCUGACGUGGCUGGAUGCCUGGGUCCUUGUUCUUCCUAAAGUGCAAGAAAACAGCAUGGCCAGUAAAAUGAGCAAGGGCUUUGGAAUCCUUGAGAAUCACAUUUACUUGCUUAUGACUUUGGGCAAGGUAAUUAACCUUGGAUUCCCUAUUUGCAAAAACAAUUAAUACCAAUCCUGCAGAGUUGUUGCAUUAAAUGAAAUACUACAUGUGAAGUGCCUGGCACAGUGUUUGGCACAUUAAUAAAGACUAACUCCAUUUUCAUAAGAAAGGACUGAACAGCUCUUCCUCUAGCUGUGUGGAUGUGUAAUUCCUAUAGUAACCUGUCUGACAAGAGUACCUCUAUCACAUCUUUAGGGGACAG